AUGCGGAACUGGGCUACUUACAAGGUGUUCUAUGAGUACUACUUCCACAAGGCGGAUAAGGAGACGGAGGGUAAGGGGUUCAGGCGUCCUCCGCGAUCCCAGUGGGGUCAUGUUGUGCGUGAUGAUUUCGCGCCUGGUGCCGAGGGCGCGAAGCAGGUUAAGGAGUUGUUGAGUCAGGUUAAGGGUACAUUGGUGGAGAUGCCGUUGAAGUUUUUGAUUGAGAGGGAUAUUGCGAAGGGGGGUAUUACGUUGAAUGAGUUGACGCAGCCGCUUUAUACUUAG